UCGACAAUCUUUUGGUUUCCCCUUGUGAGCUCGAUGAGCUCUGGGAUCGACAGUUCAUAGUACAACAACAACAACAACAACAACAUGGCAGCAGCAGUCGAGUCUCCUCUACCUGCCCAGGUGGACGAUCCCAACACCAGCAGCCUGCCAGCUGAAGGAUAUGAGAAGAAAUGUAUCUUCUGCAAGAUUAUAAACAAAGAGAUGGGAACAGAGCUCCUCCACGUGGAUGAGGACAUCUCAUGUUUCAGAGACAUCAAACCUGGAGCUCCCCACCACUACCUGGUCGUCCCAACCAAACAUGUAGGGAACUGUAAAUCCCUCAGCAAGGAACACGUGCCUUUGGUGAAGCGGCUGGUCGAGACAGGGAAGGAGAUCCUCCAGAAGAACAACGUAACAGACCUCAGUGAUGUCCGGUUCGGUUUCCACUGGCCCCCGUUCUGUUCUGUCACACACCUUCACCUCCACGUCCUGGCACCUGUCAGUCAAAUGAGCUUCAUGUCUCGCGUCAUCUACAGACUCAACUCCUAUUGGUUUAUCACGGCGGAGCAGCUGAUUGCGAUCCUCGAAUCUAAAGCUGAAACCAACUGAUCGCUCGCUUUGGAUCCGGAUCUCACAGUACUUGACUUUGAUGAUGACUUGCAGACUUGCAGAAUGUCUUGUUUCAUGAUACACUCUCACAUUAAGUUGGUCAGAGCUAAUGACAGUAUUUUAAACUGGUCACAUAUUUGUAAUAAGUGACCACUUUUCAGACUGGAAGCCAAAUGAAUGAAGCCAAAUCUUGUUUCGUGCUACUUGAGACACGCCAGACAAAUGUUUUUUAAAAUGUUUUUACAGAAGAGGUUCAUAAAAUCUCCAUUAAUACGCCAUAAUACAAAUGCAUUUACUUUAUGGACCAAGUAGCAUAUGGUGUGAUUUAGGGCUGGGCGAUAUGCUUAUAAAUAAUAUAAUAUAUGUAUCGGACCUAUAACCGAUAAAUUAUUGAGAAUUAUUAAAUUUUGAGUUCCAAUUUAAACCGGUGCAGCUUUUCUAGCUUUUUCUCCUACCUCAACACGUACUGUAUAAACUCACUUUGGCGCUUCACUUCUUCUGCUCUCUCCAGGCUCUUUCUGUGUUCCCUCCUUCCCUCCAGACACAAAAACACCCCCCCAGACGCACAUCCAUGCUCAUACACCACACACACACACACACACUAACCCAGGAUAGUGUGUGUGUGAGCGAGAGAGAGCCGCGGUAGAAGCGAAGCGCCAAAGCAAGUCUCAUGCCAGCAGCUUUAAACAAUUACAAUACAUAUUUAUACACGAUGUUGACGAUAUAGUCAUCUACUACGUCCCACGUACAACAAGCCACAGUACAUAUAGAGUAUAUUCGAUAUAUCGCCCACCCCUACUGUGAUUCACUUAGAAUUCCCAAGCUGUUGUAUUUCCUGCCUUACUGCUUUGCAAAUCAGAUUUUGUGCAUGAAUAACUGAAAUGAAUUUAAAACUCUGUAAGAAAAAUGAAUUUGUGUAAUUCAUAUAUUGGCGUAACGCGUUGGACAGCUGUGUAUAGCACGAUUACCUCAGCCAUGUUGAGUUCUGAGGCUCCUUCACAGUGGAAGUGAUCCUCUGACACUGUAAAGUAAAGGAUGCUUAAUGAUCUCAACAAGCAGUGAACCAUAGAGAGGUGUUUGAUUAUACAGGCUCAUCUUACAUUUGAUUUGAUGUAAUGUCUUAUGAUUGUGUUAAGAUGUAUAACAUGAACUAACCAGUUGGUGUAUGAAGUGAAUAUUUAUGCUAUAUGAUACGACUGUAUACUAAGGAAUGUAAAGAAAGAAAACCAUACUGUAUGAAAGUGUAUGCACUUUAAGAAUUAAUUUAACUUAGAAUAAAUAAUGCAUUGCUGCUUCUCA